UUUCCGAAAAUGUAUUUAGAAAUGAAAUAUUCAUUUCAAGCAGAAAUCAGAUGGCACUGAGAAAAUUUUAAAAAGCAUAGCGGAAAACAAUAAAAUUAUUAUUACGUGUCCCAUUAAAACUAAAAAAAUAAUUAAAUACGACUUAAAAAUGAACGAAUCAAUCAAUUGAAGAAAGGGAGGCAUUGAAACAAUUAAAUGAAGAAAGACAGAAGUGAAACAUUUGGAUUGAGGUUGGAAUGAAAUAAUUAAAUAGGAGGCCGAGUCAAGCAAUUCAAUAUAAGAAAGGCUAAACUAUUUUUGAGAAGGUUUCAAAAUAUUGAAGAAAAUACAUUGAAAAUAAAAGAAGAUGAGAAGUAAAUCACAUAACGGCAAAUAUAGACAUACAGAAGGUGUUAAUGGUGUUAGAAAAAAUGGUGAUCAAGAAAAUGGAGGACAAUGUCAGGGUACUGGGGAUAAAUGGUUCCAACUCAUUCUCCUAAGACUUUUUAUGAUUACCCAUAACGUCUUGGCGACAUGGAGACUUGUCAUUUCCACAGGAAACUCGAGGUUCUGGGUGCUGUCUUUUUUUGUUAUUUUCAUUGUUAUCGAUGGCUUUUAUCAAGGAAAGAACGAAUGUUUUACAGAGGAAUUAAACAAAAACAAAACAGAAAGCUUCUGCAGUUACAAAAAGAUGCGCCCGGUUGUGGCUGCUUAUUUGCUUUGUAUUCUUCCUGUGAUUUGGGUUCUGCAAUUACACGAAUACGUCUUGGCAAUCAGUUCACUUGAUGAAAUUACGACGACAGUAACGACAACAACGGUAGCAGGAGCAACAUCAGCCAGUACGACUACAGGAGCGUCAACCACAGCAGGGUUUUUGACAUCAUUGGAGGGGACGAUUCUAAGCAUACAGAACCAGACAUGGAUCGUUGUAAUGCAGGAAACGAUGAUUUAUGUACUUGUUGUCGCGCGAGCCAUAGAGGAACGUGGCCUUUCAGACAAACUACUCGAACUUCUCGGAGCUGCAGCUGAUACCAUGGAACUUUUUGCGUUAUUUGAUGAAGACGAAAUUGUAACUAGCCUUCCUACGACGAUUAUUAUUCUUACCGUUUGGACAAUCAGUCUCAUUCAGUUUAUACCGAAGCUUCAGGAUUCUCAAGAAUAUAUUUCAACAAUGUGCCUUCAGGAUGGUCCAUUUUUGGUGUUACGUGUUUCCAUUACAGUCGGACUGCAGUUCAUUUCAUACAGCUUGACUUUUUUUGUCAUCAAAAAUGUAGUAGUUCUUGUCCUUAUGACGUACAAACUUUCGAACGAAAAAAAGGAUAAGCGAAAAGUAAAUGUAGGAAAGUGAAUAAAGCAGUAUCACGUCAAUAUUCGUGUCAAAUUUCAGUCCAAAUAUCAAUUUAUAUUACGACAUAAGAGCAUGGUAUGAAUCCACAUACAGUACGACGAGUAUUUUACUUUUUAAAAGCGUAUUUUCUCACAUAAUGUGAGCCUCUGUUCUAUAUUGCAAGGACAAACUUAUUCAAGAGUAAAACAUGUACCUGAGGUUUUGCUCAAAAACAAUGAGUUGUACUCAAUUACAUUUUUUUCAGAUUGUUUUCCUUGGUGUCCUGACCAAAUCUUUUAUCAACAUAAUUUAGGAGAGAAAAGCGCUUUGAAAAUGGAUGAAACAUGUACAAUAUUCAACAAACAACCUGAAGAACAAAACUGUUAAUGUAAUAUUUUAAAAUGAGUUACGACUGAGAUCGAAAUUUCAACUGAGUAUUUUUUGUGACAUGUUUAAUGCAUUUUGUAAUGAUAAAAGUAUGAAAAUUACAGUAUCGAGCUAACUGAGAAUGUUCAGUGACAUCUACAAUAAUGGAAACUUCAUUGAUAGCACUGUGAUUUUAUAUUUGAAAUAAUUAGGGGAACAAAAAAAACUCUGCGACAAAAACAGGAGAUUUUUAAAGAAAACUGAAUAUCAAUUUGAACACAAUACAAAUAAUCCCCUGUGAUACCGUUUCCAAUUAUUCAUUCCUCAGAAACAUAACUCGAUCGUCUGUUUAUGAAGUGUGUGUGUGUGUGUUUUGUAGGUAAGAUUAGUGUGAGGCCUUACUUCCGACUUUCAAGUGUUGAUAAACGUUGACAAACAUAUUUUAUGCUUCCGCAAGUAACAUUAUUAUGUCUUUGCAAGUAUGUAUUUUAAGGGUGAGAUUGAUUGAAUGGUAUAGGUGUCCAUAUUUCAUCCAAGUGGAUGUCGAUCACGAUUAGAUCCUCACUUUAGGUAAUUUCUUAUAGCUUCUCCAAAAAGGACACCAGUACUGCUUUUUAUCAAGGAAACGGACUCGAGCGGGAUUAAAAUAAGCUUUCAGCUGUUUCUCCCACCCCAGAUAAGUGCUGGAAAUGCUGGAAUCCUUUCCUUGCUCACGGGCAAAGUUUAAAAGUACCCGUAUGGAACUUCAUUUUUUCAUUACGCAUAAAAGAUUUAUAAAUGUGCUUAUCUUUAUAUCUAAUUCAACAAUACUGUACCUUAAGAUGUGAUAUAAAAAUGUGAGCUUAUUUUCGCACUAUUUUCGCAUGUACAUUCACUUGACAUAUAUACUAUGUUUGGACGGUGUACGUAUGUAUUUGUCCUAA